CGAGGCAGGCGGUCCAGUUGGACGACACACCGACCCCAGGGAGGCUCGGUGUCUAUUACCCACCGACAUGCGACUCUCGACGGCUACGGAUCAGGUGACACCCGGCGAUUGGCAACUUUCUCCGUACUCCAUUGUGCGUGGAUGCGUAUACACACCAAAGUUGACCUGGAUUUCCAGUGAAGGUGCGAGGCGCCCAAAAGCCCAGUGGAAUGUAAUAAGCUCCUGCAAAGGUGUGUCUUUCCAUACACAUCCAGCAGUCUUCAACGUUUCCCAGCAUUUUACUUUACAUCUCAGGCUACUUCUGCAGGAGGCUUCCCCCCCCCCCUCCGAUUUUCUGCUUUUGGAGAUGAAGAGAAGAACCUGCUACGCGUUUCUCCUGGCGAUCUGGUUCUCGGGCUACCGGGCCGAUCCCCCGGCGCCGCAUUUGAUUUUUAUCAUGGCGGAUGAUCAGGGUUACGGCGACGUGGGCUACCACGGCUCGGACAUCCGCACGCCCGUCUUGGAUGGGUUGGCGGCGGAGGGAGUGAAACUGGAAAAUUAUUACGUUCAACCCAUCUGCUCGCCCUCUCGGAGUCAACUCAUGACAGGACGCUACCAAAUUCACACGGGCUUGCAGCAUUCAAUCAUCCGUCCACGUCAACCCCUCUGCCUCCCCCCGGACGUCCCCACCCUGCCCGAGCGUCUGUCGGAGGCGGGUUACGCCACGCACAUGGUGGGGAAAUGGCACCUGGGAUUCUGCAGGCCCGGCUGCUCGCCCACGGCACGAGGCUUCCGCAGCUUCCUGGGCACGCUCACCGGUAGCGGAGACCAUUUCUCCUAUCAGAGCUGUGACAAUGCCGAAGCUUGUGGAUUCGACCUGCAUGACGGAGAUACGCCGGCGUGGGACAUGGCGGGAAAUUACUCCACUCUGCUUUAUAUUGACAGAGUGAAGCAGAUCCUGAGAAGUCACAACUCUAGCACGCCCCUCUUCCUCUACCUUUCCCUGCAAGCCGCCCACACACCCCUGCAGGCACCUGACCACUUCCUGGAGUUGUACCCGUCCCAGAGCAAUCGCAUCCGCCGUCACUACGCGGCCAUGCUCAGCUGCUUGGAUCACGGCGUAGGUCAAGUGGUCGACCAGCUGAAGGCGAGCGGUCUUUAUGAAAACUCCGUUGUGAUCUACUCGUCCGAUAACGGUGGGCAGCCUCUGUCCGGAGGAAGCAACUGGCCGCUUCGGGGCGGCAAAGGGACAUACUGGGAGGGUGGCAUCCGGGCGGUGGGAUUUGUCCACAGUCCCCUCCUGAAGGUCAAGGGGGUGGUCAGCAAGGCGCUUAUCCACGUCUCGGAUUGGUUCCCGACGUUGUUGUCGCUGGCUGGUGCCCCGGAGUCCCACCGAGGCUUGGACGGUCACGACGUUUGGGGCGCCAUCAGCGAGGGGCUCCCCUCCCCUCGCACGGAAAUCCUCUUCAACAUCGACCCGGUCUCCAGGAAACCCGGGGAGCCCUACGACAAGGCUUUGGUGCUCAACGGCUUCGGGAUCUGGGACACGGCGGUGAGGGCGGCGAUCCGCGCCGGGGAUUGGAAGCUACUGACCGGAAACGUGGGCGACGGCGACUGGACGCCACCGCGGGCCAACGCCGACGGUCCGGAGCGCUGGCAGGGCCUGGAGAAGCGGCGCAACGAGGUGGGCAAGUCGGUAUGGCUGUUCAACGUCUCCUCCGACCCUUACGAGAGGUGCGACAUGGCCCGAGCUCGGCCGGAGAUCGUCAAGCAUCUCCUGAACCGGCUGGCGGAGUACAACCGCACCGCCGUGGUGCCGAGAAACCCACCCGACGACCCCAUGGCGGACCCCGAGCUGCACGGCGGGGUGUGGGGACCCUGGCUGGGACUGGAGGGACAAGAUGGAGAUGAGGUUGGCAGGAAAAGCAGGGCGACAAGAGUCAAGCAAUGCAAGUUGUGCAAAUUAAAAGCGCUCUUUAAAAAGGUGAGGUUGCGUCUGCAGAAGAACGCCGUGUUCUUCUGAGGACAUCGUGUUCUGCUACAGCCAAAGACAUUGCGGGGGGACAUUUUGUACAGUGCUUAACAAAAUAAACCACACCAGGAAAACGUUUUCAUCACCAGGUAGCUAUUUAGCGGCUAGCACGUGAUACAGCUACCGCAGAAAAUGCCUCUCGUCCGUCUCGUUCAUGAAUAUUCAGCGAUCCUCAUUUGCCGAUUCUGGUCAAUUCCCACGACAGCCACCCACCAUCAGUCCCUCAGCUAACCCUCUCUGCAGCUCCCCCUCCGUUUCCUCAUCCUACUCAUUUUUGUCUUGCGCACGGAUCGAGACACACUUUCAUAAUCAAGGACAAGAAAAAAGAAAUUGCUGGCUGAGACUUUUGACUUGGAUGCCCACACGAGCCUUUUCCAGUCUGCUUCGGAUGGCCUGUGGAAAUAAAGCACCGUCACAUGCUGUAAAUCACCAAGGAGCCUUCCCACCUCGCAGCUUCCCGUCCAUCCAGCCUGCACGAUCCCCCCCUUCUCCCCUGCAACAUGGCUACGGUGGUUACCUCGACCCGCUUCACGGAUGAAUACCAGCUCUACGAGGAACUCGG